AUGCCUUCAAUCAGGAAAAGAAAACGGUCGCCGGCAGCGUUGAAUCCGCCUCUUGUCACGCCUCAUACGUCUGAGUCAAGGGCUUGCAAUGCAGCCCGGACACUGCGUCAACCAUCGACCAUCUCAACAUCCUCCUUCCAGCCACCGGCAUCAUUCCCCAUCACAAGCCAAUUACGAACACCUUUCCCCUCAGCAAACUCUCCACCCGGGCUCGAUGAAACAGAAAGCUUCAUUGACGACGAUCUCGGCCAUGUCAUUGCCGCCAUUGACAUGAAAGAUUCCGGGACCGUGGGAUGUGCAUAUUACUCGGCAGAGGAGGAGAAGAUGUAUCUUCUUAGAGACAUCCGGCUUGGAGGAAUGGAAAAAAUUGAAGAUUUGCUUCUACGGAUCCAACCUACUGUAAUGUUGACAUCUUCUCGAGUCGAUAUUUCUGACCUUCAAGGCCACCGGCAAAACAUUGCCCAAGACAAUGACUCAUCGUCAUAUCUUCCUUAUCAGGUAGACAUUCGUCCUACGACUGACUUCAGCUUCGUUGGCGCCCAGAAUAGACUUGUUGGACUCGAGAUAUCAUCAUCUCACGAAGACCGGAUUCGAUUUUUUGUGCCACAAAGCGGGCUCACUGGGCCUGAAGAGAUGAAUCCACAAGAGAUGGGCUUUACGCUGAAUGAAGGGAGACUUUUGUACAUGUCUAGCUCAAUCGACAUGGAAAAUCCUGUAACUAUUGGCUGUGCAGGAGCCAUUCUCACUCAUUUACAAAGGCGCCGAGGAACAGGAACAAUUAUCGGGGUGCUAGAUGAUUCUCCCUUCAAAGUCAGGCACUUAGAGAUGUUCAGCCUUGAGGAUAUGAUGGGAAUCGAUAACAACACUCUCUGGUCGCUACAGAUCAUUCACCCCGAGUCACACCCAAGCAUAUUCAACCAAGGUCCAGGCACAAAAUCAGCUUCUGGUAAAGAAGGCCUUUCUGUAUAUGGGCUUUUCCACCGCUUUGCAUCAACACCUCAGGGAAAAGCCAAACUAAAGCAGAUUUUUUUUCGUCCAAGUCUUGAUAUUGCUGUCAUUAGAGACAGACACGACUUUAUAAGUGUCUUUUCACGACCGGAUAAUCUUGUCCCCUUGGAAAAAAUGACCAAGGCUCUGAAGCAUGUCAGGAAUCUUCGACUUGUGAUGACCAAUCUUCGGAAAGGAAUCAGUACAGGGAGCGCUAAGAUUACUGGAUUUGCAGCAACUGUGUGGGCAAGUCUUCUGGCAUUUGCCUUCUAUUCCAUCGAUAUACAUGAUGGACUGCGAGAAAUUUCGGGUGCAGAGAGUCUAUCCCUUCGAGCUAAGGCCCUUCAAUUGUUCGAAGCGGCACAGCUUUAUCGAGUAGGAAAAAUGAUUCAAGAGAUAGUCGAUAUCGACAGUUCUGAAGAACAAGGCAGGACUGUAGUAAAACAGGGCCUUGACAGAGAUCUUGACCGGAUGAAAGAUCGAUAUGAUGGCCUGAGCAGUCUUCUUAAACGUGUGGCCAUUGAAAUAGCUACAACCAUUCCAGAGGAGUUGGACAUCGAUGUGAACGUGAUAUAUUUCCCUCAACUUGGAUUUAAUAUCGCUAUACCACUCAAUGACAGAGGGCAAGCCCAGUAUUCUAAUGCUCAUGAGAACUGGGAGAUUGUCUUUGUCACAGAGACGCGAGCCUACUUCAAAGAUUUCCGAAUGAGGGAGCUGGAUAACAAGCUAGGUGAUAUAUAUGGGCUAAUUUGCGAGAAGGAAAUCGAAAUCGUGUACGAUCUGGCCCAGCGAAUUCUUCACUAUGAAAAUGUUCUAGUCGAAGCAUCAGAUGUCUGCGGCGAUCUCGACAGCCACAUACUACAAGAGCUGACGAUUUCUUCAUAUGUGCCAAAUAAUACUUUACUCAUGGGUGGUCCCGAAACCCAACGGACAAAUACAAUCGCCUCGCAGACGGGCUCAGCUCCUAGCAUGCUCGUGCUAACUGGGCCAAACUACUCUGGAAAAAGCGUUUACAUGAAGCAGGUUGCUCUAAUUGUGUAUCUCGCACAGAUUGGGAGCUUUAUUCCUGCCGAAGAGGCAGAGCUUGGUAUUACAGAUAAGAUUUUAACAAAAAUGAACACGCAGGAGAGUGUCUCAAAGAUUCAAAGCACAUUCAUGAGCGACCUGCAGCAGAUGUCGCUCUGCCUUAAGCAAGCCACCGGGCGAAGCCUUGUUCUUAUUGACGAAUUUGGCAAGGGAACAAAUGAGAGCGAUGGAAUCGGACUGGCCUGUGGAAUCCUUGAGCAUUUGCUUUGCCUUGAAGAUGCCCCCAAGGUCAUUGCUGCCACGCAUUUUCACGAAAUUUUCGAGAAUGACUUUCUCCCAUCACGAUCUAGACUCCAGCUGGGGCAUAUGGAAGUAAAAGUCUGUGAAGAAUCUCAGGAUGUUGAAGACCAAGUCAUAUACCUCUAUAACUUCCAUCCGGGCCGAUGUAAUAAGAGCUUUGGCACCAUAUGUGCCGCAAUCAAUGGUGUCGAGGCCGCUAUUGUCGAUCGCGCAAAUGAAAUCGCAUUGCUAGCAGCCCGAGGGGAGAAUCUCAUUGCUGCAUGUGCCAUUUUGUCUGAAGAGGAAACCAAGGCGCUUCAAGAAGCGCAAGAAAUCUACUGA